UUAUACAUUGGCAUGUUUUCCAUCAUGUAUUGCCAUGCAUUGCAUGAUGCAUUAUUAUGCUUCGCAUUGCGCUUUAUCCCUUUGCGCGUGUGACUCUAUAAAUUAGGAUGAAUACCAUUAUGCAGUUCCAAGUAUCGCAUUAUGUGUUAUAAUAUUUUCCAUAAUGUAAUUGUUUGACACUGUAUGAAUAUUUAAUGGCAGUGGUUGUCGAGGCAGGGGCAGUGGUGGUAUGGGAGCUGCCGACAGGGACAGUGGCAGAAGGGGUGCCACCGGUAGGGACAGUGGAGGUAGGGGCAUUGCCAUUAUCAGCGAUGGUGGCGGUGACAACCAAAACAAGGAUGCUGCAAGUGGGAAAGUGGCGGAAGGAGCGCAUUUGGCGGGGAUAUUGGAGUCAGUGGUGCUACUGCCAGCAGCGGUUGUGGCGAUGGCAACAGUGGCAAUGGCGGCAGGAUGGGCGGCAACGACGACAGCGACAGUGCAAGUGCUAGAGGAAGUGGCAACAACAUAUGAGAAGAUCAACAAGGAAGAAACCUUCAGUCGACUGUGGUCGUCUCAAGGAAACGAAAGAGAUCAGCUGGAAGGAAAUGAAAAGAAUUUUGAAGCUGAUUUGAAGCAACCUUUGAAGCCCUGGGCUUCACCCUUAUUUCCAGUGCUCUCAUCGUCCAAUUUACAAGUUGGAGCUCAAAUACGCCUCACAACAAUGGCAGUGAGGCUAUUGUCUCUGCCAUUUUCCACUUCUACCGCUCCCCAAUCGAAGCUCGCGCAGUUCUCAGGCUUCAAAUCGGCAUCGUAUAUUCAAUCUUUCCCUAAACGGCCGGAUAAUUCAGGGCGGAGAAGGUCGUAUUUUGCCGUUAGGGCGUGCGGGAAACCAGAGGAGAAUAAUGUUUCCGAGGGGGAGAACCGAUGGGGGAAGGUCUCCGCCGUGCUGUUUGAUAUGGACGGUGUGCUUUGUAAUAGCGAGGAUCCUUCUAGACGGGCAGCCGUGGACGUUUUCGCGGAAAUGGGGAUUCAGGUCACCGUUGAAGACUUUACACCCUUUACUGGCAUGGGGGAAGUGAACUUCUUAGGCGGUGUUGCUAAAGUGAAGGGCAUUAAGGGAUUCAAUCCUGAUGCAUCAAAGAAGAGAUUUUUUGAAAUAUACCUAGAUAAGUAUGCAAAACCAAGUUCUGGCAUUGGUUUCCCUGGCGCCUUUGAGCUCGUCACACAGUGUAAAAGCAAAGGUCUCAAAGUUGCUGUUGCCUCAAGUGCUGAUCGCAUCAAGGUUGAUGCAAACUUAACAGCUGCUGGUUUGUCAUUGUCAAUGUUUGAUGCAAUUGUCUCUGCUGAUGCAUUCGAGAAUUUGAAACCUGCCCCAGAUAUUUUUUUGGCCGCAUCAAAGAUUUUGAAUGUGCCCCCUAGUGAGUGUGUUGUGAUUGAAGAUGCAUUAGCUGGCAUACGAGCUGCCAAAGCAGCAAAAAUGAGAUGCAUAGCUGUGGCUACAACAUUAGCAGAAAGUAUUUUAGAAGCAGCAGCUCCAUCUCUCAUCAGAAAGGGGAUAUACAAUAUCUCACUUGAUGAUAUUCUCAGUGGUGGAUCUGGUUCCAAUAGUAUGCAGUUUUAAAAUCAACGAGAAAUGUCAUUUGUACCAUUCAUGAUACUCCUGUCCCACAAAACAUUUCCAGCUUGAAAAAGGCGGGCUUUAAAAAUGUGUAAUUUUGAUGUUAUUGUCUAAUUUUGCCCUUACUUUAUAAUAUGGUGGGAUAUGAUGUGUUAUAUGUAGGAUAGAAAAUUAGAAAUUAGCAGAUAACAUCAAAAUUGUACAUUUUAAAACACGCCUUUUUUCUAACUGGAAAUGUUUUGUGGGAUAGAGGGAGUAUUAAUGAAACUGGUGUAUGUCAAUUUCAUGAAUAACUUAACCUUGUAAUUGAUUCCUUGUUAACUAAAGGGGGGUUUCCUCUUUUCGACACAAACAAUUUGCUUGUGCAAUCUAUUGACUUUUUAUCAG